CACAGCCAUGUUCGACAGGGAAAAUAAAGGCGGGGUUAGCUUCAACGAGUUUGCCGGCGUGUGGAAGUACAUCACAGACUGGCAGAACAUCUUCCGGAACUACGACAGGGACAACUCGGGCUUCAUCGAUAAGAACGAGCUCAAGCAGGCGCUCUCUGGAUUUGGUGAGACACAAAGUUAUCGUCUAUCAGAACAGUUCUACUGCACGCUGAUAGAGAAGUUCGACCGCCAGAGGAAGGGACAGGUUGCCUUCGAUGACUUCAUCCAGUGCUGCAUCGUACUACAGAGGUUGACCGACGUGUUCAGGCGGUAUGAUACGGACCAGGAUGGCUGGAUCCAGGUUUCAUAUGAACAGUAUCUUUCCAUGGUCUUCAACAUUGUAUAACGCACAGGGAUCGCCACAAAAGAGCACAACUGGACACAACUGUGCCAAAGCUACCCGGCAACUCCCAGAUCUUUGUCUACGGUGGAAACUACAAGAUUUUUUUAAACAAAAUUUGAAGCCCUACUUACAGGUUAAUUUCAUACAAAACUUUAUGAAAUGAAUACAGAAAAACUUAAAGCAGCCUUCAGUUCUUUUAUGGUUGCAAUACUCCCAGUAUUUGGAGGUAUGUCUACAAUUCUUCAUUUAUUAAAAAAAUCUUGUAGUGUUUUAUUUGAUGACGUAUCGGAUCCGCGUUGGUGUUGGGGAACAUUAUGGACACAUCCUGUCUUUCUGUCUGUCAAUCUGUCUGUAAUUGUCGGAAUACUUUUUAUCGUCUUAACUUUAAUUGAUUAAAUUAAAAAAAAAAAUCUGUUGGCAGGAAAAUAAUGCAUUGUAAAUAUGAUUUAAGAUGCAUUGCAUGCUUUUCAGGGAAAUGUAUCCCCACGUUGAAGCAUGCUUUCCCUUUCUCUUGUCUUUUCCUCAGCCCUAUUUUGCUCCAAGCCAUGUUUACAAAAACAGUGAAAGCAGUUGACGUUCUGCCUCGAGAUUCACUGACAUGCCAGCUUACAUGCCAUAUUUGUACAAACUUAUUUUUAACUGCAAAAUCUUCAACUGUUAGGGCAUAUCAUUUUUGGUAGAGGGUAAGCAUAAUGCCUUUACUUUAGCUUACUUUGUUUGUGCAUGAUGCCUUAAAAUGUGUAAAAAUAACACAAAAGAUCAAUCUUUUAUUAAAAAAAUGAAAGAAAAGUGA